CCCACAUUAACCGCAGCGACGGUAAAUCGACCUCUUUUGCAUCGUUCAACCAGCAUCAAGCAUCGGAAUCGAGACUCGAGAGAGGGAGAGACAGAGGCGAUUAGUCAUUGGACUUGAUCGUGCAAAUCGACGACUCAUUGGCAGGCGCACGUCGACCCGGUCCACUCGUUGGGGGUGGUUUACACCUCUGACAUCAGUACGCCGCGCAGCACUUGGCGCGAGACACCAACUAUUCAUUCCUUUGGAACGUUGUUCAUGCAUGGUCUGACGACAAAAUGCCACCUCCACCACCACCCAGCAAUGAUCCCAAGAUCAACACUCUCCUCUCUACGAUUCAAUCAGAACGACGUAAUCUGGAAGGAGCAAAAGCCGUUAUGAGGGCUGUUGAAGCUUCAUCCAGAAAUGAAGCUGUAAUCCAACAGGCUCAGAACGAGGUGCGAUCCGCUCAAGCAUCCAUCAAAUUCCUCGAAGAUCAGUUGGCUCAGCUUCAAUUGGCUUCUGCAGCUGGAGGAGCAAGUGGUUCACCGAUGCGGGAUCCAAGUAGCAGUUCUCAAAACACACCUGGUUCAGGCUAUUCUCCAGGUAUGAUGACGCCUUUGAAAGGUCAACAGGGGACUGGUAGCCAGAUGGCCAGUCCAAGUCCGAGUAGGAGAGGCGAUUUAGAUAGACCGUUACCUCCUCCACCGGGUGCUGCACCGGAUGGAACAGGGGCCGCUGAAGGACCCAAGCCAGCGAAAAAUUAUACAAACCUAGACCUGCUACGUUAUGAUGCGCCUCUGACUGGACCCAAGAUCACUCGGAUGCUUAAUCAAUUGCAGUUCAAAUUACAGGUCGAGGAGCAGUACAAACUUGGUAUCGAGAAAAUGGCUCAGGCAUACAGAGCCGAUGGAGACAAGCGAUUACGUGGAGAAACAGAUGCAAAGAAGGUCGAGAGUGACGCGAAAAUACAGCUGUUGAGAAAGUCAAAGAAGUACUAUGAGAACCUGGCCAGGUUCGGCGGUGCAGUGGAAGAUGACGAAGAUCUCAUGCCUGAUGGCAAGCGCAAAGAAGCCUUGCGAAAACCCAUCCAGGGUAAACUCGUCAUCUCCUUACGUGCUGCUCGAGACCUUAAUCACCGUGCUCCCUCUCGCAAACUGUCGAAAUCAUAUACAGAGACCACGGUCGCCAUCAAGAUUGAAGGAAACGAACGCGCAGUCUCCCAUCCAUCACGAAACGACAAAUGGCUCGAGACCUUUGACAUUGAUGUGGAGAGGGCCAACGAGGUGGAAAUUACCAUCUACGACACGAUCGCCCCCGGAGAUUCUGCACCCAUCGGUAUCAUGUGGUUGAGAGUAAGUGAUCUGAUGGAAGGCCUGCGUCGUCAAAAGGUCGAUAUGGAAAGUCAAGGUGCCGGAUGGGUUACAGCGGACAAAGCUGCGCGUAUGGGUCCCAGACAGCAGAGUGCACCGGAAACAUCUACUUUGCACAGUGCCGGGACAUUGCGUGGCCCUCAUCCAGCAACAGUUCCACCAGGAGGCGAAGGAAUCGAUGGAUGGUGGUCAGUUGAACCGGCCGGUGCCAUCUCUAUGCGCCUGGACUUUGUGAAGGACACUGUGGCUGGACAACGGCGUCCUUACGACGGUAUCGGCCGACAAGGAGCCGUUAGGAAACGGAAGGGCGAUGUCUUUGAAAUGAACGGUCAUCAGUUCGUCCAACGACAAUUCUACCAACCGAUCAUGUGUGCCCUAUGUCAGGAAUUCCUCCUCACGGGAGAAGGAUACCAAUGCGAGGAUUGCCGAUAUGCCUGUCACAAGAAAUGUUAUCCCAAAGUCGUCACCAAGUGUAUUGGGCGGGCCAACGCAGAUGGAGACGGAGACGAGGAGAAAAUCAAUCAUCGGAUCCCGCAUCGAUUUGCACCCUACACCAAUAUGUCGGCAAAUUGGUGUUGCCACUGUGGUUACAUGUUACCGUUCGGUAGGAAAAAUUCGGUCAGGUGCUCAGAAUGUGGCAUCACUUGCCAUCAGACUUGCUCUCACUAUGUACCCGAUUUCUGCGGCAUGACCAUGGAGAUGGCCAACAUCCUCCUAAAGAACUUGAGGGACAUCAAGACGACUCAGACGAGAAAACCUAUUUCGGCAUCGUCGUCCGUCUCGACUUUGCCUCAAUAUCCUGCCGCGCCCGAACGCCCGCAGCAACCACCACCACAGCCACAGCAGGUCACUCAGCCGCCCUCGGUCCAACCACAGCGCCCUAUGGGAUACCCAGAGGGCUUACAACCUGGAAGUCAGGCACCUUCCGUGCCACCUGGAGGAUAUGAUCCGCGUCAAGGUCCACCUGGACCGCCUGGUCGGCCUGUACAGGGGCACCAGAGUCGGCCGAGCUGGGACGCGAGAGACAGGCCUGAUGGCUAUCAGAUCCCACCCGUGGUCCCGCCUGUCAAACGUCCUUCACCAGGACCCGGGUCUGCAUCGAGUCAAGGCCCAGAACCGGUCGCGGUUGCGCCAACGCCACAGGCCCCUGUUCGUCCUCCAACUCAGCCUCCUGCUCAGCGACCACCGCCACAACAGAACGUCAGACAACGCAGGGUUGGUUUGGAUGAUUUCAAUUUCCUCGCCGUCCUUGGAAAAGGAAACUUUGGGAAAGUCAUGCUUGCGGAGGAGAAGCAAUCGAGCAAUCUCUACGCUAUCAAGGUCCUGAAGAAGGAAUUUAUCAUUGAGAAUGAUGAAAUUGAGAGCACUCAAUCCGAAAAGCGAGUCUACUUGACCGCCGCGCAAGAACGUCAUCCAUUCUUGCUUGGACUUCACUCGUGUUUUCAGACUGAGACCCGUGUCUAUUUUGUCAUGGAGUACAUCUCUGGAGGAGAUCUCAUGCUUCACAUUCAAAAGAAACAAUUCACUCUUCGACAAGCCAAGUUCUAUGCCUGUGAAGUGUUACUGGCGCUUCAAUACCUUCACUACAAAGGCAUCAUCUAUCGUGACUUGAAGCUUGACAAUAUCCUCUUGACUUUGGACGGACACAUCAAAGUGGCAGAUUACGGUCUGUGUAAGGAAGACAUGUGGUACGGCAAGACGACGAGUACUUUCUGUGGGACACCAGAGUUCAUGGCCCCAGAAAUCCUCCUUGAGCAACGAUAUGGCCGAGCUGUCGACUGGUGGGCCUUUGGAGUCUUGACGUAUGAGAUGUUGCUCGGUCAAUCGCCUUUCAAGGGCGAUGACGAAGAUGAAAUCUUUGAUGCCAUCUUGGAGGAUGAGCCCCUGUACCCAAUCACUAUGCCGCGAGAUGCCGUCUCCCUGCUGCAAAGGCUCCUCACCCGGGAUCCCACGCGCAGACUAGGCUCUGGAGAGAACGAUGCGGAGGAUAUCAAACGACACUUGUUCUUUAAAGAUGUCAACUUUGAAGAUGUCUAUCAUCGACGAAUACCUCCACCUUACUUCCCUACCAUUGGCAGCGCCACCGAUACGAGCAACUUUGACCAAGAAUUCACAAGAGAGCAACCUACAUUGACGCCGGUUCAUACUCAGCUCAGUGCGGCGGAUCAACAAGAGUUUGCUGGAUUCUCAUGGGUUGCACCAUGGGCCAAUAAUAUGUAAUGAGACGCAGUCUUGUCAAGAGUAUAUGUGAAAAGUAGCGGUCGAACAACAUGACAAAGCUGUCCCUGUGAGAGACGAGAGAGACACGAGUUUUAGAAGUGACAGGUGGACAUAGCAUGACACAGACAGUCAAAGUAUGAAUGCAUGCCGCAACGCCCCAAA